AUAUCUUAUUACUCGUUUCUUUCAUUUUCUCACUCCAGGCAAUACCGCUUUCCUCUCUCUCUCUCUCUCUUCCCUUUCCUAAAUUCUAAACCCUAGCUCUCUCUCUCUCUCUUCCCCCCUCUCUCUCUCUCUCUCUCGUAUGGAGACAACGCGCGAAGGUAAUCCUUACGACGUCGUUUCGGAAGACGGAUUGGGUACGGGCGGCAAGUUUCGGAAGCGGCCAUUCCGGAGGACCAACCAUGCGACGCCGUACGACCGACCGCCUACGGCCCUGAGGAAUCCCAGCAUCGCCGGCACCGCCAACAACAACAGCAAUGGUUGGCUCUCGCGGCUCGUCGAUCCGGCUCAGCGGCUCAUCGCCUCCAGUGCCCACCGCAUCUUCUCCUCCGUCUUCCGCAAGCGCCUCACUCAGCCGCCGCCCCCACUUCAGCAGCCGCAGACGCAGCCUUCUACUUCAGAAGCGAAGGAGGAAGUAAGGGAUAAUCACCGGGAUGCAAGGGAUCAGCACCAUGAAGCAGUUGUCACAGAUUCUCCUGGUAUGCAACAAAGAGCCACUGAUCGUGGUGACAAGCCAAGUAGUAGUUCUGACAGAGGCGGCUUGACUGAGCUUGAGCAAAUUUUAAAGCAGAAGACCUUUACCAGAUAUGAGAUUGAUCGUUUGACAGCCUUGUUGCAUUCAAAAACUGAUGAUGUACCUAUUGGGCAUGAAGAGAAAAAGCCUGAAGUGAUUCCAUCAGAGCCAGUGAUCUCUUCUGAUAGAAAGGAGGAAUUUCCAAUAGCUCAAGCUUUAGAAAAUAUGAUUGGGAGCAGCCUCAUUUCAACCCCUGUCAUUAGUUCAAGAGUCCUUGAUGAGGAUGUUGCUUCACCUGCAGAGCUUGCAAAAGCUUACAUGGGCAGUAGGCCUUCAAAAGUGUCACCAUCAAUGCUUGGUAUUCGCAAUCAAGCAUAUGGGGAAGAGUCCAAUAUGAUAAGCAGUCAACCUUUUCCACCAAAAUCGUCCACUAUGCCACUUAUGCCCCGGUCUCCUGGUAAUUCUGGGUAUCCUGAAAAUGGUUUUACAACACCGAGAUCUCGAGGGAAAUCUGCAAUAUACAGCAUGGGUCGAACUCCAUAUUCCAGAGUUCAUCCAACCUCUACCCAGGGUGUCGGGCCCAUUGUUGCUUAUGAUGGGCCUUCAUCAUCAUCUCCGGCUGCAGCUGCUUGGGAGCAGAAUAAACUUUAUGGCUCUAGACAAGGGGCUUUGAAACGCAGAAGUUCAGUCUUGUAUAAUGAUAUAGGACCUGUUGGUCCUUUACGUAGAAUCCGUCAUAAACCCAGUCUUUUAUCUUCAAGAGGCUUGAGUUUUCCAGUUUCUGAUAGUGGAGUCGUUCCUGGUGCUGCUCAAUAUCCUUCAUCUUCAAUGCAGAAGCCACUUUUAUUGGAAAAGUCUAAGGAGAACUCGACAAAGAUGUCGAUAGAAAAUGGAGAUAACAGUGUGCCAGGUACAAGUUUUACCCCUGUUCCAACCAAGUCCAGUGAGAUGGCUUCAAAAAUAUUGGAGCAACUUGAAAAGUUGGUUUCACCAAAAGAGAAAUCAUCUUACCUCAAGGUAGUUUCUGUGAGGGACAGCUCACCCACUAAGUUGUCGCCAUCUAUGUUGCAUGGAAGAGCUCUCAGAAGCCUGGAGACUGUAGAAUCACCUAAAUUUCUGGAGAAUGUACGAGAUAAUAGAAAAUUGGCUGUAUCACUUGACACGUCGUUACCUGAUUCUCUAGACACCACUUCUCAAAGGCAAAACAAAGAUGAAAAUGCCCUUGUGAAGCUUGUUGCUCCUUGUGACAGGUCGGUCUCUGUAGUGAACUGCAUAGAUUAUAAAUCUCCAAACAAGGACACCUUGCCCAGUGUCAAGACUACAAAUUCUGUCGUGAUGAACUUUGUCACCCUUCCUCUGCAAAAGAAACAGGCUUUUCAGAUGAGUGCACAUGAGGAUUAUUUUGAGCUGGAUGAUGACUCUCCUGAUGGGGCAGCACUUGUUAAAGAGAGAGAAAAGGUUGAUGUUUCUGUGGUGGUGAGUGAGAUUCACGAUGCUAAAGCUGUAACACUGGAGGAGCCUCCAUCUCUGACAGGAUUUAAGCCCCCUUCAAGUUCUGAAUUGAACCAAAAAAAUAAUUUGGUAUCUUCUGAUGGGCCUGUAGUUGCUGAAAAGAGUACUGGCUUUGCCUUUCCAAAUGCCACUUUUACUAACACGGCUGUCCAACCGUCACUAGUGACACAGCCAAUCUUGACAUCUGAUAAAUCUGUGUCACCAGAGCAAUUAAAUGUUGCACCUCCAAUGUAUGGCUUGGAAGGUAAAGUUGCUUCAUCCAAGGAACCAAAUGCUACGUCCCGAGGUGUUAGCUUUUUAUCUGUUUCAAGUGCUGACAAUGUUCCGAAGUUUAUAUUUGCUUCCUCGUCUUCAGCUAGUGAAUCCACUAGUCUCAAAUUCGGUGUUUGUUCUGGUCAAAAACCAGAAAUCUCAAACAGCUUUUUAACUGUUGGUGCAACCAAUUCUGUACCAAAAGUACCUGAAUUGGAUAAAGCUGAUAAUAAGAAUAAUUCAGAUGCUGGAGUCACUUCUAGGACAGCAGAAAUUGCCCUUCCAUCUGCUGCAUCAUCACCAAUGGCUACUUCUAGUAUUGGUGCCAAUGUCACUGCCAAUAAUUCUUCCUUAAAUAAUGGGUCUCUUGCUUCAAGCCCUUCUUCAUUCUCUUCCCCCGUUCCACCUCUUGUUUUUAAUAAUGUUUUCAGUCAGAAUUCAUCCAAUAGCUCUACACUCACUGUUACUUCCACCAGCGGCGACAACAGCAGCGCCACACCCACCACUGCCUUAACAUCCAUUAAUGGCAGUGUCAGUCUUUCUACUUCGGCUGUAGCAGCACCUUCAUUCUCGGCAACUCCUAUUUUUAAAUUCGGAUCCACUGGUCCACUAACUUCAGCGUCACCAGUAAAAGAUACUUCGGGAGUAGAAUCAGAAGCAGCCAAGACGAGGCCAGAGACCAGCUUUGGCAAUCUCAAGAGCUCUCCCUUUGUUGGCACGUCUGCUGCAAAUGCCAGUUCAGGGAGUAGCAUUUUUUCUUUUGGUGCUGCAGCCACUACUUCAACAGCUAAUAAUCAAUCAGGUUCUUCUGUUUUUGGCACUGGCAGUGAAUCUGUGCAAAGUGCAAAGGCAUCACUUGAUGGGACAGGGGUUUCAUCUCUUACCAACAGCAUGCCCGUGCAAUUCAGUUCAUCUGCGCCCUCGUUUGGAUUGGCUGGGAAUACAGUUUUCUCUUCUGGUAGUUCCCUGUUUUCUGCUUCUACUACUGCUAAACUUUUCAGUUCAGAUUCUGCUUCCUCUCCUGAGGUAAACUCCAGUAGUGCCAUAGAUGGUUCUACUUCAAGCUUGUUUGGUUCCAGUUGGCCGCCUACGAAGCCUCCUAUUUUUGGUUCAGCAAUUAACUCUAUAUCCUCAGCUGGUUCGUCCUUCUCAGCAUCAACAGCUUCUGUUGCUGCAACUACAACCCCCUCAACUGGCUUUUCCUUCCCAGCAUCUACAGCUUCUGUUCCUGCAACUACGUUACCCUCAUCUGUGUUUUCCUUCCCAGCAUCUACAGCUUCUGUUCCUGCUACUACAUCACCCUCGACUGGGUUUUCUUUUGUAGCAUCUACAGCUUCGGCUGCUGCUAAAUCAUCCUCAACGGUGCUUCCCUUCACAGCUGCUGCAGCAGCUACAUCUCCCUUUACUGGGUUUUCAUUUGCAGCAUCUACUGCAUUUGCGGCAUCUACAGCUUCGGCUGCUGCUAAAUCAUCCUCAACGAUGCUUCCCUUCACAGCUGCUGCAGCAGCUACAUCUCCCUUGACUGGGUUUUCAUUUGCAGCAUCUACUGCAUUUGCGGCAUCUACACCUUCUGCUUCUGUUACUGGCAGUGCACCUGUUGUAUUUGGAUCGUCUAUUGGUGCAUCAUCUGGCCCCACUUUCUCAUUCACUUCGGCUAUGGCUGUUCCCUCAUCACAGCCUGUCUUUGGUAACACUAAUUCAGGCUUCACAUUUAAUUCAGCUUCCUCAGGAAAUAAUGAUCAAAUGAAUAUGGAGGACAGCAUGGCGGAGGAUACCUUUCAAGCACCCACGCCUACAGUUCCAGUAUUUGGUCAACCUCUCGUCUCACCUCCUCAAUCCAGCUUUGUGGUUGGUUCAACAACUCCAUCAGCACCCAAUAAUCCAUUUCAAUUUGGAGCCCAACAGAGCUCAGCCACCUCACAGAACCAGCCUCCAUUUCAGGCUACAAACAGUUUAGGAGGGAGCUUCUCAGUGGGUGCUGGUGGCGGGGACAAGUCAGGUCGAAAAAUUAUCCGAGUUAAUCGCAACAAGACUCGGAAGAAGUAAAUGCAGGGACCAUUACAGACGACCGGUUUCCUUGUCAGGGGCUACAUUUGCAACUGAUGGGCAAAUAAUUAUAUAAUGGUAAAAGGUCAACAGCUAGACACUGGCGUUUCUGCUGGUCACCUGGAUUUGAUUGGUGCCGGCAAAAGAUAAAUGAGCCUGGUAAGUUGCAAAAUCUGAUGAUGCUCUCUACCCGCACACAAUUGUUCUUGUAUGCAUGGUUGCGAUGCCAGUCAUCAAGUAUUCACAAUUUUGUAUCAUUCCUAGUUAAUCUGAGAAGAUCUGUGCUGUACUAGUUUUAGUCUUCCAUAGGAUUUUGAGGUUGGCAACUAUCUAUGCCUUUGAUGGUGAUAUGUGUACUCUUAUUUGUAAGAUAAAUAGAGAAGGGCCUGAAUCUGUUCAAGGAAACAGAUUUAGAUUGCUCUCGAUAUGACUUCUCUUGGCCGAAUAUGUGACUGGGGCUACUUUAUGUGGCCAUAUAUAUAUUUUUUUUA